GAAGACCACGUUACACUGGUUGAAAGAGUGGCGCCAAGUUUCGUUCAAUCUGGUUUCAAAACAAAAUGCACUAUAGCUCGCGCCGCGUUCGAACGUCCCCGAGCGCUCCGUAACUGGCGGGAACUCCGAUAACAUUCGAAAUUCAAACUAGAAAAUGAUUUCGCGCGCAUUUAUUUUUCUUUUUAUUAUUUUUUCUGUGGCAAACGCGUCUUUCGUGAAUGAAGAGGAAUGUUUGAAUUAUACAGUGUACCCAGUGCAAUAUGAAUUGACGAUAGUUCCGUAUAUAAGCGACUUUUCGUCGUUUUUCGACUGUCAUUUAAGUAUUAAUGUGAUUGCAAAUGAACCUGGUGUUCGAGUUAUCGAAUUGGAUGCAAAAAAUAUGGAUAUCGAUUUCGGUUCAAUUCAUGUUAUGAAAGGGAAUGUCGAUAUAGUGAGCAAAUCGAGACCCUACGAAUAUGAUAAUUUAAAUGGUAAAUUAUAUAUUCACCUGAGCGAGCCUUUGAUUCCAUAUAAUUUAAAUACUCAAGGUUAUAAUAUAAAACUAACGUAUAGAAAAGUGCUCACAGAAAAAAGUGACGGAAUAUUUUUAGUCAAAUAUGCAGACGAGAAUGGUGAAAACAAGUACUUAUUCACGACUCGCCUUACUCCAAACAAGGCGAAAUACUUCUUCCCGUGCUUCGACAAUCCGAGGUUCGAAGCAGUUUUUAAGUUCAGGGUGUAUGUGGUCGCGAAGAAUCAUGUUGGACAGUAUACCAACACCAGCAUUGUGAUAGGAAACGAACAAAGGAAAGAGGUAAAUCCUCAGAAAGACGUCAUCAUUGACUACACGCCGUCACCACAAGUGACAACCGACCAAGUAGGCUUCCACUACUCUCGAUUCACGAACAUACAAAUCACAUCCAAGAAUGACAUCUUCAUGGUAUGGGCCCCUGGGAACACUCUGCAGUACUACAACUUCAUACUUGUAUAUGGAAAGACGAUAUUGGAUUUAAUACACGAAUACUCGGGUGUGAACAGACCAUUAGUGAACGGUCCGAUACAUUUGAUAGCUGUGCCUUCAGAAAGGGUUGAUGGAUAUGAAAUUUAUAGUUGGAAUCUUUUGACUAAUCGUGCCAACCGAAUUGCCCAUCAAGAGGAGUUCACAAGUAUUAAGCAAUUGGAGACCAUGACCUUCGAUCUAGCCCAGCAGUUCAGCAGGAUUUGGUUGGGCAACCCUGGGGAGCUGCAGAGGACGCGGUGGAGAGAAGAGUGGUUCAAAGAGGGAGUUGCUACGUAUUUGGCAUACUAUUUCUUGGCACAAUACAACCAAGGCGUCAACAAGCCAAGCCGCAGACAGCCUCUAGGUCCAUACGGUCUCGAGAUGAAAUUCAAAGCAAUGGCGGUUGACUCUCACAGAACUACUCCACCGCUGGGGAAUUUCAACAAGAGUUUAGCAGCGGAGAUACCCUUGAGGUACCGAGACCUGAUCACGAUGAAGACAGCGUCGAUAUUGUGGAUGGUAGAGAACUGGAUCGGCUCGGAUAAGUUCCAUCAGGCGUUGGUGAAGUAUAUUAACAGCAGACGAGGCAAGUACAUCUCAUUGGAAGACUUCACAGCAGCGAUGGACCGGGACACCAUCGAGUGCAUGCACCAGUUCUUCAACGGCUCCACCACCUCCAAGAUCCUGCACUCCUGGAUCCACCAGAGUGGAUAUCCGGUCAUCAAUGUGCAAGUGUUGAGGGAUAGGACCCCAAAUGCGAUUCAACUGAAUCAGAGACGCUUCAGCUUCUCCCCGGACAACCGCCACGAGACAGACUACCUCAUUCCGAUCUCGUACAUCGUCCAAAACAACGAGAACUGCUACAAUUGCUACAAACCCAGGUUCACUAUCGGCAGCCAGACUUACACCUUCGGAGAAAACCUCAACGGUGGCUGGAUUGUACUGAAUAGAAAUGCUUCAGGAUAUUAUCGUGUGAACUAUGAUACCACUACGUGGCAACUUAUAGCAAGCACACUAGCGGUACAUCAUGAAUCUAUUGACGAACUGAACAGGGCGCAGAUCGUAAACGAUGUAUUCGCUCUAUACGUGUCCGGGGACAUGGAACUGCCACUGGCGAUGGAAAUCCUCAACUAUUUGGACAAAGAGAGGAGUCCUGUAGUGUGGCGAGCUGCCGAAGAAGGCUUCAGACUAUUGAGGAACGAAGAAAACGGGUGCCAUAUGACCAGAUAUCUUUACAAGGAGUUGCAGGAUUUCAUGAGACGGAAGGUCGCUCCGACAUACGACUCGUUGUCCAACAGUCACGACUUCAAAACGAGGUUGUUCAGGAGUGACGUCGUGAAUUUCGCGUGCUCACUAAAGUAUAAGCCGUGUUUGGACAAUUUGAAGUACAUGUAUGAACAAUACAGGAGGAGUAACAUGAGAUUGGACCCUGAUUUCCGAGAAGCAUGCUACUACAUGCUUAUCCAUGACAACGCCUAUUUCGGCAUCAACAGAUUGAAUGCCUUCGAGCAGGAUGAUAGGAGAGUAGCUGAGCAUAGAUUACGAGACGAAAACCGAUUUAUAAUGAAAACCCCAGUCGGAGUUCCAAGACCGAUGCCCAUCAUCAUGUCGACAGAAGCUACGACGUUGGAAGCAUCGCCUGUUAUAACUGAGAAAUAUUUAGCGGACUCUUCGACUUCAAUUAUACCUUCAAUAAGCAUUAUAUUAGUAUCUAUUUUAUUUGCUAUGAGAUAAAUUAUAACACAUUUUGUAAAAAGUGCGGUCUCAAGUUAAUUGUUUUUAAGAUUUCCAGUAAGGCUUCGUUUGUUUAGAAACAAUAUAUUAUUUAUUUCAAUUCGAAUCAUAUUAUAUGUAUUUUGUACAAAAUUUUACCGAAAUUACCAAUACCCGAAUAAAAUAUUUCAAUUUUCUACGUAUAAUUUAUUACAAGUAAAAUCUAUUAAAAUUAUUAAAUUUUGUGUAAGGCUUGUUACUUUAAAACGAGUGGAAUGUAAAAAUUUAAAUAUGAUUAAUAGCUGUCAUGUUAUAGUUUCUUUUAAACAUUGGAGCAAAUAUUCUAACUUUAUACGACCAUGUAAAUUUUAACAGGCUUUUUUUGGCUAUUCUUAAGUUUAAAAAAUUCUAAAUAUUUUUCCUAUUAUUAUUUGUUCUCUUUUACAUUCCUUGAUAAUGAUUAACUAUGAUUAAUUUUUUAACACACCUAGGUAUGUUAUUAUCCGACGCAUAGGUAUUUUCAAUUUAUGAACUUAGAUGAUAUUAUUUUUCACUCUGGUGGACAAAGGCAACCUUUCAUUCGCAUUUCCACAUAGAGUAACGAAGUAUGUUGAUAUCGGUGCGAGUGGAAAGAUGUAGUCUCUGCCUACCACUCCGGGAAAAAGACGUGAUUUUAUGUAUGUAUGUAUGUAUGUUUCACAUAAAGCGACAGUGCGAUUUCCACUAACGAUUUUAUGGAUAAUAUUCUUCAUUUUUCAAUUGCUUUAUAAAAUAUAUUCUAAGUUAUUAUCAUUUGUAUUGAUAAAAACUGAACGAAAUGUUAGUUUAUUAUUUUUUUUAUUAAGAAAAUAUAAAUACUGAGUUAAUUUAUCUUUAACUUCUAAGAAAUAAUUUAGUGUAUUUAUUGAUAUUUGCAUUACAUUGAAGUUUAAAAUAUUUUUUAAGAAAUAUUGUUGUAAAAUCUAGUCAGAAUUAAUAUGAUAUUUUAAAUGACAGAUGGUACAAAUUGUU